AUAAUGUUUACCUCUGCUUCCUCAAAAAACCCACACAAACAUCUAAGUGGCCCUUGGAACCCCGCAAACUAGAGAUGGACGCAUUGGAGACGGGCUGUCAUGCCAAUUGGUCUCCACAGCGGAAUCCAAGGUGUUUUGCGGGGUCCCCGCAAAACAAGAACAGGCUAUCAUGACCCUUGAUUUGAUAUAAAAGCCCUGUCACGCAUGUCUGAUUAUAAUUCCUGCUCCUUAGAUUCUUUUUCCUUGUGAGAGCAAGAUACAUUAUCAAUUCGGAUCUGCUAAAAUUUCACUAUUAAAGAAUGUCGGAUCUUAAAGAAGAAUGUGUAGAGAAGCACAUUGAGAGUAGCCCAGCCGGAUCAACGUACCCUCCUGAAAUCGUCGCAUUGUACGAGAAGUUCGACGAUGACAGAAGGAAAAAGUUGCUGCGGAAGAUGGAUUACCAUCUAAUCCCAAUCAUCACCCUGCUCUAUCUUUUCGCAUAUCUAGACAGAGGAAACAUCGGAAAUGCAAAGCUGGCUGGGCUUUUAGAGGGUGCUCAUAUCAAUGACGCCGAAUAUAAUAUCUGCCUUACGGUUUUCUUCGUCACCUACGUGAUCUUCGAGGUUCCUGCCAAUAUGCUUCUGAAGAAGUUCAAGCCCUCGGUUUGGAUCCCAACAAUUGCCGUCUUAUGGGGAAUCGUCAUGGUCUGCCAUGGAUUUGUCCACAGCUACGCCGGCUUGUUAGCUUGUCGACUCAUGCUUGGUAUCCCCGAAGCAGGAAUCUUUCCCGCUUGCUCGUACUACGUGACGAUGUGGUACCCUCGAGCAGAAGCACAGUACCGGACAGCACUGUUUUACGGGGCCGCCUCCCUCGCUGGCGCAUUUUCUGGUUUACUUGCUUACUGCAUCUCACUAAUGGAUGGCGUUGGAGGAUAUGGAGGGUGGCAAUGGAUUUUCAUUCUUGAGGGGGCAGCUACAAUAGUUGGUGGCCUAGUGGCAUGGUUUUUUAUCCACGACUCCCCGAAUGGAGUGAAGUGGCUCGAUGAAGAUGAGGCUGCCUUCGUUACCGCCCAGCUUGCUUAUGACGGAAACAGCACAGGAAAUGCCAUGCAAGAGGGACAAAAGAAGAGUGUCUACAUCAAAGAAGCUUUCUGUGAUUGGCAGAUUUACCUCAGCUCUUUAAUCUACAUUGGAAUCUCAACUAGCACGUAUGGUAUCGUUUUCGGCCUACCCACAAUCAUUAAGAACCUGGGCUACACCGCUCGCAUCGCUCAGCUUCUCACUAUUCCCCCCUACGCCACCGCAUGCGCGAUAACCAUCGUUGUGGCCCACUUCUCCGACAAGUACAAGAAGCGUGGUGUCUUCGUCAUCGGCAGCCUCACUGCCUCCGCUUUCGGCUUCAUCCUCGCCAUCGCUACCUCCAACCGCCGAGACCUCUCUGGCGUAACCUACGCUGGCUGUUUCAUCGCCUGCUGCGGCUUCUAUCCCGCGUUCCCAGGUAUCAUCGCCUGGCUUGCUAACAAUCUUGCCGGGUCGUACAAGCGUGCUAUUGGAAUGGGGUUGCAAAUUUCACUGGGAAACACAGGCGGUUUGAUCGGGUCGAAUAUUUUCCGUGCUCAGGACGCACCUGCAUACAGACUUGGUUACGGCAUCUCGAUAGGCUUUAUUUGUAUGUCUGGUGUGUCCGCGACGCUCAUGGUCAUCAUCCUAGAUAGGAUCAACAAGAAGCGCGCGGCGGCUGUGGAAGAGAUGGGCGGAGAGGCGAUUGUCAUUGAGGAGCAAGGGGAGUGGAAUCUCACGGAGAUGGGUGAUCGUAGCCCGUUAUUCAGAUAUAUCUUGUAGAAUUAUGUCGAUGAGUUUGGAAUAAUCUAGAAUAGCAAAUAGGC